UUUUCUAAAAAUGUCUGAAAAUAAGAAAAGAUGCGCAAUCGUUGGCGCGGCAGUGAGUGGGUUACCUUCAGCCAGAUGGGCAAUUGAGUAUGGUUAUGAACCAGUUAUUUUUGAACGUCUUGAUCAGCUUGGGGGUCUCUGGCGUUACAAUCCUGAACAGUUUGGAAAUGAUAUAGCUAGUGUUAUGAAAUUUACAGUUAUAGACACAAGCAAAGAAAUGAAUGCUUUCAGUGAUUUCCCGCCACCAGAUCACUUUGCUAAUUAUAUGCAUAAUACUAAAAUGAUAGAAUAUUUGGAAAUGUAUACAAAACAUUGGAACUUGGAUAAAUACAUUCGCUAUAGAAAUACGGUAACUUCUGUGAGUCGGGCUGAUAAUUAUGAAGAAACUGGGUGUUGGACAGUCUGUUGGGUGGAUGAAAACGGACAAAAUAAAAAAGAAAUAUUCGAUUGUGUUCUUUUAGCUCAAGGACAUCAUGCAAAACCAAAAAUUAUUAGUUUUCCUGGCCAAGAACUUUUUCAGGGAAAGAUAAUACAUUCACACGAAUAUAAGGAUUCGAAAAACUUUGAAGACAAAAUUAACGUUGUAGUUGGUGUUGGGAAUAGUGGAAUGGACUUAGCGGUGGAAUUGGGCCGUGUUAGUAAACUCUGUUAUUUGUCUACGAGGAGAGGUGCAUGGGUGGAUAAAAGAGUUGGCCCUGGUGGAAUUCCAGGAGACUAUGCUACCACUCGUUUUAAAUGCUGUUUUUGGGAUGUUUUGAUACCCGAAAAUUUGCGUAGCUGGCUGAUUAUAAAUCAAUUACAGAAACGUUUUGACCAUGCUAAAUAUGGAAUGAAACCCAAACACUCAUUUUAUGGUCAACACGCAACGAUAAGUGAUGAUCUUCCAACACGUAUUAUUACUGGAUCUGUUGUGGUUAAAACAAAUAUUCGCGAAUUCACCGAAAAAGGAAUUGUUUGGACAGAUGGAACUUUUACAGAUAAUAUCGAUAAUGUGGUAAUGUGCACUGGUUAUCAUUUCGAUUUUGAUAUAGUGGAGGAAGGGAAACUUAUUCCAGUUAAGGAUAACCAAGCUAAAUUAUAUAAAAACGUGUUCCCUCCAUCUCUUGCAAAAUGGAAUAGUUUGGCAAUUAUUGGGUUAGUUCAGCCGUCAGGUUCGAUAUUACCAGCAGCUGAAUUUCAGGUAAAUUAA